AUGGUGUCUAAGCCGCUGUUCCUUGCGGCGCUCUCGCUGUUCAGCCGCGGCGCUGCCGGCGCCGGUCCCUUCGAUGUCACUGCAGACCAUGUGGCGUGGGACGAUACGACGUACACGCUCACUUCGAGGCGGCCUUACCCAGGGUCGUACCAGGCCUGGCUUCCCCAGUCGAACGGGUACAUUGGCCUGGCCCAGGGCAGCCUUGGUCCGUUCCUCGAGGCCAGUAGGAGCAACGAGAGCACGGGCUGGCCGUUGUUUGGCAGCCCUCGGCUGACGUUCGCCACUGUCACCGGAUUCUGGGACGAUGAACUAGAUGGGGAGAGCGUCGUUGCCGGUAUUCCCCACUUCACUGACCUUCUCGUCGGUGCAUGUGGGAGUACAUUGAAUGGAACUGCUGAUGUUUCGGAGAUAAGUGACUUCAAAUCCACCCUGUCUUUCUCCACGGGCAUCGCGACUUGGGAUUAUGUGUGGUCGCCGUCAGCAUGCCCGGAAAAUGUUGCGUUGAGAAUCUCAUACGAGGCGUUUCUGUCACUGGACGAGCGUCAGAUUGGAGCUGUGAAGCUGUCAGUCAGCAGCAACUCGAGCGUGGAGAUCCUGAUUACGGACAUAUUGGACGGGCACAGCGCCGACCGGACUUUGGACGCAGAGCCUAGAUUCUUCCCACCAAAGCGAGCCAUACUGACAUCUGUCAAACCCAUUGGCGUCGACGAUAUCACCGCCUACAUCUACUCAACAGUACGAGGCGACCUGCCGCAGUACCAGAAGGGCCUCUCGUCCGACCCUGACACGAAGUCAAUCUCCCAGAGUUAUAGUGUGAGGCUUGAUCCCGCUGUGAAGGCCGGUACAGCAAGCUUUGUCAAGUAUGUCGGGGUCGUGUCAACCGAACACUCCUCUGACGCCAAAGCCCUGGUAAUCAAGGCAGUCGAUCGAGCUGCCACAACUGGAUGGGAGGUCCUCCGCUCUGCCCACACGGCACAGGUCUCCCUGUUGAUGCACAAUGACUUUCUCGCUGACUUCCGAGAUCCGGCCACGGGCGCCCUACCCGAAGACAGCGACGUUCGCUCGCUUCAGAUAACGGCCAUAACCUCUGCCUACUAUCUCUACACGAGCCUCAUGCCCCAUGAUAAUUCCAAUGCUGCGCUCUUCGACCUCGAGUUGGGCUGCGCGUUCUGGACGUUCCUGCUCCAGUACCUCCUGCCAUAUGUCCGCGCCCCCUGGUACCAGUUCACGGAGCCGCAGAACGACGACACCAACACUAACACCAACGUCGGGUCCGAUCCGCUCAACGACAAGGAGCCCCGGUUCUUCUCCGGCGGCACGAGCCCGGCAUUCCCGUUCAUGACGGGCCACGGAGAGCUGCUGCAGGUCAUGACGGCGGGCUUCCUGGGCGUGCGGACCACGGACGUCAACCUGGUGCUCAACCCGGCGCUGCCGCCGCAGUUGGCGCACUUUAAGGCCCCCCUGCAGUUCCACAACGGCGCGGUGGUCGAGUGUAGGAUGAACAGGACGCACACCACCAUCACCCGCCGUGACGCGAGCAAGUUUGACGGCAUAGUGCCGGAUCAGUAUGGGGACGGCGUGAUGCCUAUCAUCGUCGGGCGCAGCGCGGACGACCCAGAUGGCUACAAAGUCCACCUGAAGAUCGGAGAGACAGCCGUGAUUCCCAACAGGCAGUACAGCAACGAGCUCACCACACCUGGAAACAUCCUCCAGUGCAAGUCGUCGUCCUCCCCCGACGAACACAUCCCCGGACAAUUUCCCCAAGCAGCCACGGACGGCUCCCCAGGCACAAGCUGGCAGCCCGAGUCGGACUCGGCCGCAUCUCUACUCGUGGACCUGUCGUCCACCGGCGACCAGCCCGCCGCGGAGCUCGAACGCGUCCUGCUCGACUUUGCCAAGCGGCCGCCGAAGAACAUCCGCGUCCUCCUCUCCAACGACUCGAGCUUCGCCGACCCGCCGGGGCAGCAGCAGCAACAGCAGCCCCUUGGCCAGUGGAUACCGGUCGCCGUCAGCAGGCCCUGGGUCGCGGCGUCACCCGUGGUGCAGAACGCGGGCAAUAGCACCACCGUCGAGCUGCCGCGCGGCGUGUGGAGCGGGCGGUAUGCCAGGCUGGACGUCGAGGGGUGCUGGGCUGAGGACGGGGCCGGGGCGACUGUUGCGGAGUUCGCGAUUGUUUCCAGGGGCCGUGAUGCUGGCAGGGCUGUGGAACCUGGUGAGGUCGGACACGAUGAGUUGUAA